AUGGCCGCCACCAAGAAGCUGUCCCUGUUGCUUGCUCUGGUGUCACUAUCAGCCGCAUUGCUGCAGCUCGCAUCCUGCAAUGAAGAACAAGACGCAGCAGAGAGCAUAGUGGUGCAAGGCAUGAUCUAUUGCCAAAGCUGCAAGUGCAGAGGCACCCGCUCUCUGGCGUCCGCCAUUCCCCUCCCUGGUGCCAAGGUCAGCAUCCAGUGCAGGGAUCACAAGGGCAGGGUUGGCUUCUACAUGGUCCUCACUGCAGACAAAGGCGGCUACGCCAUUGGCGAACUCAAGGGUCCCUUCUUCCAAAAGAUUGCUCACCACAACAUGAAGCCCGGCGCCUCCUGCACCGCCCGCCUCAUCUACUCGCCGAAACCCGACUGCGCCGUGGUCUCCAAUAUGGUGAACAGCGGAAUGGACGGCUGCCAUCUUCAGUAUUCCAAGACCAUCUCCUACAAGGGCCACAAAGCUGACCUCUAUGAUUUUGGGCCGCUGGCUUUCAGGCCUGCAAAUUGUGGCCCUCAAUUCCAUUGAUUUUUGUUGCAAUUGCAACUGGGUCCUGUACUGGUUUUCCUG